AUGUCUCCCACGAUCUCAUCUUCGCUCUGCACCGUCGCCGCCCUGUCCGGCCGGCCGGGCCGUCGUGCCGGCCAGCCGGGAGGCAACAAGCGGGCGGUGGCGCAGCCUCUCGCGGCUGCCGCGGUCACGGAGGCGCCGCCGGCGGUCAUCGCCCCGCCGCCACGCCCCGUCAUCGGCGCUCCGCGGCGCCGCGGUGGGCGCGGCGUGGACGGUGGCCCCGACGAGCUCGUGGCGUGGAAGAGCAUCCGGCAGGAGAGGUGGGAGGGCGCGCUGGAAGUGGAGGGCAAGCUCCCUACGUGGCUGGAUGGCACGUACCUGAGGAACGGCCCGGGCCUAUGGGACCUCGGGGACUACGGCUUCCGCCACCUGUUCGACGGCUACGCCACGCUGGUGCGCGUCUCGUUCCGCGACGGCCGCGCCGUGGGCGCGCACCGGCAGAUCGAGUCGGAGGCCUACAAGGCGGCGCGCCGGCACGGCAAGGUGUGCUACCGCGAGUUCUCCGAGGUGCCCAAGCCGGACAGCUUCAAGUCCUUCGUCGGCCAGCUGGCGAGCCUCUUCUCCGGCAACUCCCUCACCGACAACUCCAACACCGGCGUCGUCCGGCUCGGCGACGGCCGCGUGCUCUGCCUCACGGAGACCGUCAAGGGCUCCAUCGUCGUCAACCCGGACACGCUGGACACGGUGAGCAAGUUCGAGUACGAGGACAAGCUGGGCGGCCUCAUCCACUCGGCGCACCCCAUCGUCACCGACACCGAGUUCUGGACGCUCAUCCCGGACCUGAUCCGGCCCGGCUACGUGGUGGCGAGGAUGGACGCCGGGAGCAACGAGAGGCAGUUCGUGGGCAGGAUGGACUGCCGCGGCGGGCCGGCGCCCGGGUGGGUGCACUCCUUCCCCGUCACGGAGAACUACGUGGUCGUGCCGGAGAUGCCGCUCCGGUACUGCGCCGCCAACCUCCUCCGCGCCGAGCCCACGCCGCUGUACAAGUUCCAGUGGCACCUCGAGUCCGGGAGCUACAUGCACGUCAUGUGCAAGGCCAGCGGCAAGAUCGUGGCGAGCGUGGAGGUGCCGCCGUUCGUGACGUUCCACUUCAUCAACGCGUACGAGGAGAAGGACGAGGAGGGGCGUGUGACGGCGAUCAUCGCCGACUGCUGCGAGCACAACGCCGACACCUCCAUCCUCGACAACCUCCGUCUCCACAAUCUCCGGGCAUUUACCGGCGAGGAUGUCCUCACCGAUGCCAGGGUGGGGCGGUUCAGGAUACCGCUGGACGGCAGCCCGUUCGGCGAGCUGGAGGCGGCGCUGGACCCGGAGGAGCACGGCCGCGGCAUGGACAUGUGCAGCAUCAACCCGGCCCACCUCGGCAAGGAGUACCGCUACGCCUACGCCUGCGGCGCGCGGCGGCCGUGCAACUUCCCCAACACGCUCACCAAGAUCGACCUGGUGGAGAAGACGGCCAAGAACUGGCACGAGGAGGGCGCGGUGCCGUCCGAGCCCUACUUCGUGGCGCGCCCCGGCGCCGUCGAGGAAGACGACGGCGUGGCGAUAUCCAUGGUGAGCGCCAAGGACGGGUCGGGCUACGCGCUGGUGCUGGACGCCAAGAGCUUCAAGGAGAUUGCCCGGGCCAAGUUCCCCUACGGGCUGCCCUACGGCUUGCACUGCUGCUGGGUGCCCAGGGACAAGUAA